AUGAUGCAUAGAUAUUGUUUCGAAGCGCUUGACAAGACCUUGCGAUCUAUCACGCAUGUUCCCAAACCAUUCGGUGGCAAGGUUGUCGUUCUUGGCGGAGACUUUAGACAGAUUUUACCUGUUGUACUGAAGGCAUCAAGGCAGGACAUUGUUCACGCUACGAUCAACUCAUCUCAGCUUUGGGAAGAAUGUAAGGUUCUUAAGUUGCAUACUAAUAUGAGGCUUCAAUCAAGUUCUAAUCCAUCGGAAGUUGAAGAAGUAAAGGAGUUUGUUGAUUGGAUACUGAGUAUCGGUAAUGGGGAGGCGGGAGAGCAAAACGAUGGUGAAGCGUCUGUUGAGAUUCCCGAGGACAUGCUAAUCCCGAUUCCGAAGAUCCAUUAUUGGAGUUGUUGCAGUUUGUAUAUCCGAAUUUGUUGA